GAGCCUUAUUUCCCCCGUCUUGAAAGGCUGACAGUGUUCAGUGCCUGCCUGCAGGACGAGGGAGGGUCUGAGCUAUUCGUUGCCUGGGCUCUGGUUUAAUCACCCGCUUUCAAUUCGGCUUCUGGCUCCAUCCUCUCCCCAUUUGCGCUCUGCCAAAGCGCAGGGCAGGCGGGUUUCUGCUCCGCAGCCCAGCGAGAGUUAACGCCGGAGCCGGCUCUCCAUUGGCAGCCGGGGGGCGGCGCAGCCCUUUCACUGGAAGUUGGCGGGUCUGAAAGGCGCCUGCCGCCGCUCAGCUCCGGGAGGAAGAAGGAGGCAGCGACUGCUCCCUGCACCGGGGACUCCCGGGGCAAACUUAGCCGGCGCUGGCGGAGACCGGGCGCGCCAGGAGGAGGCUCCUGUCUGGGCUCGGCGCAUGACGCUCCCGGCCGCCCUGCUUGGCUGGGAUGCCCGGUCCCCGCGGCUCCGGAGGGAGUGAGCUGCCCCUGCCCGCCUGCUAGGGCUGCGGUGCCCCCUCCCCGCUCCAUGCCCCGGGCGCCCCCCGGCCCGGCCAGCAUGCUCCGCCUGGGCACGCUGCUGCAGUCGCUCGCCCUGCUCUGCCUCUGCCAGCGCCGCUCCGGGCACGUCUGGGGCAGGCUGAUGAGGGGCUCCGGGGAGCUGGCCGGGAGCGCCGCCGCUGCCUGGGACCCGCUGCCGGCCCUGCCCCGGCGGAGCCGGCGGGGAGCCUCGCCGCCGGCCAACAGCUCCGGGGCGGCGCCCUGGUGCCCGUACAAGGUGUUCAGCGAGGGCCAGGCCAGCGGCCGCCUCUGCUUCCGGAGCCCGGCCCGGGACUUCCAGUGCCCGCCGCCCAGCUGCAAGGCGCACCGCUCGCCGGGCCGCGCCCUGGUGGCCAACGUGCUGCGCAACGGCAGCGUCCUGCUGCAGUGGGGGGCGCCCGGCGGGCCGGGGCGGGACCUGCGGGGCUUCGCCCUCAACUGCUCCUGGGACGGCACCUACACCCGCUUCCACUGCGACAGCGUCCAGCUGGGGGCCAGCUGCCGGGACUACCUGCUGCCCGACGCGCACGGCAGCGUGCGCUACCGCCUGUGCCUCCAGCCGCUCUACCGGGCCGGCGGGCCGGGCGCGCCCCGCGCCGAGUGCGUGGAGUUCAGCGUGGAGCCGGCCAGCAUGCAGGACAUCGUCAUCGCCAUGACGGCCGUGGGGGGCUCCAUCUGCGUCAUGCUCGUCAUCAUCUGCCUCCUGGUGGCCUACAUCACCGAGAACCUCAUGCCGCCGGCCUGCGGCCGGGCCGCCGCCCCCAAGAGGGGCACGUAGGGCAGGGGGCCCGCCCCGGCGGGGGGGACCGCUCCAGAACCGGCCCUAGAGCGCCCUCUGCUGGCGGGGGCAUGGAACCGGCCUCUAGAGCCGGGGGCUGGAGCUCCCUCUGCAGGCGGGGGCUUGGAAUCUGCUCUAGAGUCAGGGGUGUGGACCCGCCUCUAGAGCCCGGUCCUGGAGCUCCCUCUCCAGCCAGGGGCCUGGAACCAGCCUCUAGAGCAGGGGGCUGGAGCACCCUCUGCAGCCAGGGGUGUGGAACCGCCUCUAGAGCCUGGGCCUGGAGCUCCUUCCGGCCUGGAACCAGCCUCUAGAGCCGGGGGCUGGAGCUCCCUCUAGAGCCGGGGGCCUGGAAUCUGCCCUGGAGUUCUAGAGCCAGGGGUGUGUGGAACCGCCUCUAGAGCCCGGUCCUGGAGCUCCCUCUCCAGCCAGGGGCCUGGAACCUGCCUCUAGAGCCGGGGGCUGGAGCACCCUCUGCAGCCAGGGGUGUGGAACCGCCCUUAGAUCCUGGGCCUGGAAUUCCUUCUCCAGCUAGGGGCCUGAAACCUGCCUCUAUAGCCAGGCAGCUGGAGCUCCCUCUCCAGCCAGGGGCCUGGAACCCUCCCCCCAGCUCGGGCAUGGUGGAUCCCUCUCCAUCCAGGGUAGUGAUGGACACUUCUCUUCCUAGCUGACUCCAAAAUGCAUAUUGAUCACAGUGCUGUAGGGGGUAGACUUUGAUUAAAGCGUCACCUGGGGGUUACCAAAGCCUAUAACCUUUCUGUUCCUGUUAGCGGUGACAAGGACAACUUAAAUCCAGAGGAAACCAGUGCCAUCACCCAGAGCAGAUCUGCAGCAACCUGAGGGACCUCAGUACCAUUGUAUGACUCAAAGAUCUUUAGAGUUGUAUGCCGUAUUAUUUUUCAUAGAGGACUUUCUAUAGAUCAGUCUUAACUAGACCAAGGGAAGUUUUAAAUAGCUAAGGAAAACUGUGUUUAGAAAGAAGCAGGGGGAAAAUAGUCAUGCAUUCAGCUGUCUGAACAUCAGUGUUCUGUGAUAAAGAACUUAUACUGUGAAAUAUUUGUGAGGUAUGUAAUUGUGGUUGGGCAUGGUCAUGCAGACAUUACUAAUAGAAAAGUAAGUAUUGUUACGGAAUCCUGAAAGAUUGGGUUAUAAGCAACCUUCGAGAUAAUGUUGAUGUGUGCAUUUGAUUGUGAUUUUUAGAACUAAACAUUCCACAAGAGGAUAAAAGAGAUGGGACAAAGAAAGCCCCAACUCCUCACACUAUGUGCCAUAACCUAGAUUGUUGCAUUGUUUUGCGGUCGUGUUACAUAGGAAAAUUCACAGUAAAAUAGAGUUAGUUAGUAAUAGGAUCAAAAUUGGGCAUAUUAGUUAGUGCUGAUUUAAAGCAUUCAGAAAUACAAGCCUGUUCUUCAGCACAUAUUUCGUUAGGUACCAUCUUUUUUGUGAAGUUGUUUUCCUUCAUUUCAUUUGCAGACCAGUUGUUAAAAUACCAAGAUCUUUUUGUUUUAAUAGCAAAUUUGCCAAGUGUAUCAUGUAAAGGUUUGGAAUUUUGUUUUCUAUUUUUAGUUAAAAAAAAAAAUUAAAAAGCAGCUAUUCUGCCUGAGCCAUACUCAGUUUUCAAACUUAAAAUAUCUCAGUGAGUUAAAAAUAAAAAUCAGGAAUCUGCAUGAAGUGCCAGCAAAAUUGCAGUUUUGAAAAGUAAACGAACUUAUUUUUAGAGGCCUCAAAUCAAAAAAGCACUUAAACACAUGUUUAACUUGAAGCAUGUGCUUAAAUCCCAUUGAUUUAGAUGUGCUUAAUUGCUUUCCUGAAUGGGAAUGCUAUCCUGAAACUUGGCCAAAGAGAGUAGAUCAAUACAGCUUCAACUCUGGGGCUGAUGCAAAGUCCACUGAACUGAGUGGAAAAACUCCCAUUGACAGCGGUGGGUUUUGGAUCAAGCCUUAUGGUAAGCAGCUCAACAACUCAGGGGCCCAGGCCUGUCCCAAUUGAAAUCAACAGGAGUUUUGUCAUUGGCUUCAACAGCACUAGGCCCUUUCAAAAGUAACAAUGUUUUUAGAAAAAACAUUGGAUCUAGCCAAUGUGUCUCAGGUUUCUGCCUGCUGCAGUUUAAAAAAGGCCAAUUUAAGACUGGGAUUCAUAAUGGAAACAUGAACUGAGCUUUAAUUAUAAUGGUGUGAAAAAUACACAAUAAUAACUACUAUGACUAGUCUUUGCUACCCCAUCUUUUACGAAUGCAAUACACCUUUGUUCCACUAAGGUAACCCCUCCUAAACUCUGAAUUCUAUUAUGUAGUAGCUGAGUAUUUUUAAUAUAGGAACACUAGCUGUAAUCCAGUCACUCGAUGCUAUAGUAAACUAGGAUUUUAGCUAAACUCUAGUAUUCAUUAUAUUGUGCCUUAGUGUUGAAAGUUUGACCCAUUUAUAUUGGCUUUUCUGUUCUUGUUGUAAAUGUUAUUGGAACAUGUGUACCUCCCACAGUGUUUUGUCUGUUUAAUAGGAAAAUAAACCUAGGCUAGCUGAAUAUUACUUAAAUUUUAAAUAUAUAUUUAAAAUAGAGUAAAUUACCUUCCUAGAGCUUCUGUGUUAGUUUUUAUUUAGUAUUGUCUCCACAUAGUUUACUGGUAUAAUAAAAAUCUAACAUUAUAUCACAUUAAAAAAUAAUGGUAGGGGGAAAAUAGGGUUUAUGUAACAGCGUAUUAUUAAUAGAUCACACAUGAAACUAAAGUGUUUGUCUGAAUAAACACAUAUGUUUAUAAUCAGUAAAUGCCCAGUGAGCGUUUCUGAGGUAGUAUGGAAGACCUAAAACUUGUAAGUACAGUAGAUGGCAUAUGUAGAAACCCUCUAGGAUCUGUUAAAAUACAAUAUUUAUACUAAUCAGAUGAGCACAGCCAUACUACAGACUACAUUUCUUCCCCCCCCCCCCCCCCCACUGUGUGUGUGUGUGUUUAAUCCAGCAAGCAAACUUAUUUCCCUUAGGACUGAAAUAAUUUAAGGGUGGUCAGGAAGCUGAAGAUCUGUAUUUUGUCAGACAAAAAUACCUCUCUUUUUCAUUAUUUCUUCAUGUUUUCCUUCUCACAAGAAGCUUGCUGUAAAUUACACUUCUUCCCUUUGUGAGUUUCUUGCCUAUGAACCUUGGUUUAAAACCACCUGACAGUAUUUAAAAUAUAAUUGCAAUCGGGGGAUGAGCCCUGACAGACAAUUUCAUUCACGUUUUUCCCCAGAGAGAGAUAAUGUGUGAAAUAAUCUGAAAUUAGUUCAAGAAUAUUAAGACAAGUUGUACCUAGUGGAGUCAUGUCAUCCUUUGUGUAAAUUCAUUGAAAUUCAGUGGAUUUAAACCCACGGUGAAUUUGGCUAGUUUCCUUUGAAGACUUCGCAUGCAUCUACCCUAUGGCCAAUUCUAGGCAGGAUUAGUAGAGUGGAACUAAUAUUGUACAUUUCUAUCAAUUUCUGUCACUUGCUGUUGCUGUCUUGUCCUUCAUCUUGCCAUGAAUUGCCAGACUUGAAAGUUAAAUGUAUAACUAAUGAGCCUUGUAUCACCUUGGAGUUGACCUUAAUGAAUUAAAAGAACAUAAUAAAAA